AUGCAAAUUGAAAUCAGCCAACCAACUGUACAAUCCAUCAGUAUCAUAAGUGCAUCAACAGCUCUCGUCUUCACAGGAUGUGGAAUCAAUUUUGCCUUUGGUGUCUUUCAAGAGUUAUAUGAUUCCAUGGCAAAGGAGCCUGACACGCCCUUUACGGGAGCCACACCCGCUCAAAUAGAUCUCAUUGGCACUCUCUCCAUUGCAUUGAUGACCAUCGGCGCCCCAUUUGCAACGACGUGGAUCAAACAGUACCCGCCUCGCAACGUGAUUUGGGUGAGUGGGGUCAUUUACUCUGGCUCCUUGGUGCUGGCAAGCUUCAGCCAAGCCUUAUGGCAGUUUAUUCUCACACAAGGGUGUCUCUUGGGGGUCGGAACUUGUCUGAUCUAUAUGCCUUCUGUCACGGUAGCCCCGACAUGGUUUUCUCUUCACCGUGGACUAGCAAUGGGGAUCAUUCUGGCGGGAACAGGGGUCGGGGGUGUUGCAUGGCCCCUUGCUUUUCGGUAUCUCAUUGACGCUGUCGGGUUUCGCAACACCCUCCGCAUCACAGCAGGGAUAUCGCUCGUGCUGGUCUUUGGGUCAGGAAUCUUCAUCCGAUGGCCCGCCAAUCAACUUGCUCGGAUUCAAGUUGAGAAUGCAGCUUUGUCACGAUCAUCGAACAUCUUUCGUCUGCCUCGGGUCGAUUGGCGCGUUGCUCGAAGUCGCAAGUUCCUCGCACACGCUCUCGGCGCAGCCCUACAAUCUGCAGCGUAUUACACCCCUGUGUUCUUCUUCGCUUCGUUUGCACGCACACUGGGCUAUUCGCAAGCAACCUCGGCCAAUUUCAUCGCGAUAUCCAAUGCUGCAAACGCGCUCGGCAAAGUUGUCAUCGGAUACGCUGCAGAUCGAAUGGGCAGGCUCAACACGCUGGUUGUGACAACUCUCAUAUCGGCGAUUUCUGUGCUCGCGUUGUGGCUUCCUUCUUGUCUAUCCACGACGCAGUCGAGCGGGAGUAACCUCUUCAUAGCUUUUACUGUUUUCUACGGUGUCUUUGCAUCGGCAUACGUGGCUUUAUUCCCAACCAGCCUGGUCGAGCUGUUUGGUGUGCAGAACUUUGCGAGCGUCAACGGUCUACUCUACAUGAUUCGGGGCUUUGCCACCCUGCUUGGAACGCCAGUUGCAGGUGCGCUGAUUAGGGGCCAUGAUCAGAAGAGUGUGGGCCCUCGAAGCUACGAAAAUACCAGCAUCAUGGUUGGUGUCUUGAUGGCUGUUGCGACUUUGGCUGUCCUCUGGGCUCGGAUCGAAGCUACCAUUUCUCUAGAUGGGAGUCAGAGUCACAGAAGGAAGUGGUUAAUGUAA